CUAGCAUCUCUGUGUUUCCACAAACACCAUCCCUAUCUUGUCUCCCUUUCUUUUUAUACGAUCCAUAUAUGCACUCUUUUUUAAUCCGCAGGAUUUUUAAUUUACUUGUAGCUCCUUUAUCUUGUGACGGUCAUUUUUACUGCAUGCACGUAGUUGCCUCUCUAUGACCCCUCCAGAUAAGUCAUGUCCCUCGCAAGGCUUUUCGUGUGGGGUCUCCUCCGAAACUCUCUCGUUAUCCAGUGGCUCUUAUUCCUGGACAGUUCUCUGACUACUACCAUAGUAAUGGUUACAGGGUUAGGCUUAAAUGUGUGGGCCUUCACAGCUCCCCAAAAGUGUUAACUUCAUGUACACUUCAGAGGAGCUCUCUGCUCUGCCUCUCAACACAGCCACCAAACUCCCUGAGAAGCUUCCAGAUGCUCCUCUACCUCCUCACCAUCAGGACUACUCAACUGCUUCUCAGUGCACCUCUAGUAGUACCUCAGUCCUCCAGCCAUCCUCUGCCUCCCUCUCCACCUCUGUUACCAUCACCCCUCCCGGUACUGGCAGUCAACAGACAGCUGAGACCUCAGCCUCUGAUGCUGUUAGACUGGCCUCUAUCACUACAACAAAGGUGUCUCAGUCAGGGAUGGUGUGCAGUGUGUGCUAUCGGGGAAGAGCCACUGUGAAGCAAGACAAACCUGAACCGCUCCUGCAGUGCUCCCACUGUCAAGGAAACAUCCACCCGUCUUGUCUGGGUAUGAGCAGUGAGGCGGCUGAGGUGGCCCUCACCUACCCCUGGCAGUGUCUGGAGUGCAAGACGUGCAGUGUGUGUGGAGACCCAGGUGGAGAGGAGGAGAUGGUCUUCUGCGAUCACUGCGACCGAGGCUAUCACACCUUCUGUCUCGACAUGAAGGGGAUACCCGAAGGUCAAUGGCUGUGCAUGGAGUGCUGUGAGUGUGCCAUCUGUGGCACUGAGAGUGGCAGAGGUGACAGGAACCAGUGGAGGCACGAGUUCAUUAAUAACAAGUUUUUGCACACUCUGUGCUUAGAUUGUGCAAAAAUAUGACUGUUGCUGCCACGAAGGUUGCUAAGAUAUAUAUAUCCCAGAAAUCCUCUUGUGUGUAUAUUAUGUUCUUAUGUACGAUAACAUAUUCGUACUGUACACAAACACCAUUUUAUGCACCAGAUCCCUCUUAUACCUUUCUGUAAAAUAUUUUCAAACCGUUGGACGCCAUGGGGAUCUGCUUAAAUAAGCAUAAAUUGAUGUAUGAACUAUCACGCGCCGUGUAUUUUGUAUUUUCAAAUUGCUCUAAUUUGUAUAUCCCAGCAUUAUCUGCACUCACGAGACUCUGUACAGCUAUUUGUACAAAUAACAGUGGUCAUUUGUC